AUGAUGAUACUUCGACUAGCUCGAGUUCAGCCUGGAGUGUCUCUGCUGAGGGGACCGACGACCCGAAUCUUCUCCCCAGGUCGACUGCCUGUGCGGCAACUGGUUGCUCGGACACAAACACCCCUCACACUAACAUCAUCAUGCCUGAUUUCGCGACAGCUGUCGACGACCCGUCUCCUCGCCUUUUCCGCUCGGAAACCCGUCGCCGAGAAGAAGUUUGACGACUACAAAAAGGUGUCGCUCAACGACGUGAAAAACAACCCGAUUUACAAGUUUGUAUAUCUGUCAAAGCCGUGGUACCAAUCUACCGGGUUCAGGAUUCUUGCCGUGACCAUGGGACUCGCCACCCUGCUGUAUCUCUUUUCUGAUGGCGCUCACAAGGUGCUGCGACACACGGGACACGCCAUUGAAAGAAUCUGGGUCGUUAUGAAAGCCACAUCAAGAUGCGUCUGGCUGUACAGAAAGACUCUCAAGAAGGAGUAUCCCAGCGAGGAGGAGUACAAGACCGCUUUAUCCAAAUGCCACAAGAAGGCGGCAGAAAUCACUCUGCAGGCCAUCCGAAAGAAUUCGGGUGUCUACAUCAAGCUGGGUCAACACAUUGCUGCCCUGACGUACAUUUUCCCUCCCGAAUGGACAGAGACUAUGAUCCCUCUUCAGGACCAAUGUCCCGAGUCGUCCAUGGAGUCUAUUCGAGCUAUGAUUAGAAAAGACACGGGCAAAAACCUCGACGAUCUGUUCCUGGAGUUCAAUGAAGUCCCCAUGGGGGUGGCGUCAUUGGCCCAAGUACACAAAGCAGUCACCAUUGACGGAAGAGAGGUGGCUGUCAAGGUCCAACACCCCUCCCUGGCUGAAUUUGUGCCCCUGGAUGUCUACAUGACUCGUACCAUCUUCACCAUUGUUGACCACUUUUUCCCAGACUACCCCCUGUCCUGGCUGUCUGAUGAGAUGCAAAGAUCCAUUUUCACUGAGCUGGACUUUACAGAAGAGGCCAACAACGCAGUCAAGACACGAGAAUACUUCAAGGACACUUACAAGACCACCGCCCUUCGAAUUCCCGAGGUUUACUGGUCCAAGCGACGCAUUUUGGUGAUGGAGUUUGUGGGGGGUUCGCGACUGGACAACAGACCCUACCUGGAAGACAACAACAUCAGUCCCGACGAGGUGUCCGCCUGUCUGUCUCAUAUCUUCGAUACCAUGAUUUUCCGACCCGGAGCUGGUCUUCAUUGUGAUCCUCACGGCGGUAACCUUGCCAUUCGAACACGAGACAACUCCCGAGGUGGCCAUAACUUUGAAAUUGUUCUCUACGACCAUGGACUUUACAGAUUUGUGCCCACCAACAUCCAGCGUGACUAUGCGCACUUUUGGCUUGCUCUGAUUGAUAGCAACGAAGCCGAAAUGCGAAAGUACGCCAAGCGGUUUGCCAACAUUGAUGAGGACAAGUUUCCCUUGUUUGCCGCUGCCAUCACCGGUCGAGAUUUUAAGCAUGCCACUUCUGAUCUAAAAUCUAAGCGAUCACGGGCCGAGAUUGAGAAUAUGGUCUCGACUAUUGCUAGUGACGGUCUUUUGUCUGAUAUCAUGACUUUGCUCCACUCAGUUCCGAGAGUGGUGCUUCUCAUUUUCAAGACGAACGAUUUGACCCGUCAUCUCGACGAGACUCUCAAUUCCUCUCUUGGAAUCGAGAGAACUUUUCUCAUCAUGGCAACUUACUGUGCCAAGACAGUGCUUGAAGAGAGACGGGAGAAUCUCAUCAAGAAGUACUCCAGGCUGGAUAUUCGGCGAUGGAUUGGAGAAGGGUUUGCCUGGGCCAGCUAUCUGAGACGGCUGUUGCAGCUCAAGGCGUAUGACUUUGGUCUCAUGGUUAGCAACCUCUUUUAA